AUGGUCAACGACUUCGCAAAUGACCUCACAACAAAGUUAGUGUUUUUCAGCAACGAGUUCCCUAAUGAUGAUCUCAAGGAUCUUUUCCGCCGGCUCCACAGACAUAGCAAGGAUAAGCGCUUCACAUUGCUUGCUACUUUCUUGGAAAACUGUGCGAGGGUCCUUAGAGAGGAGACUCGCCGUUUACCGCAGCACUUAAAGGAACUUGUCCCUCCUUUCGAGACCUUCUUUACGCUAGUGGACAGUGGUAAGUUCCAUCUGGGUCCGCUGGGAGCAUCCAUGGAAAGCGCCUUCCUCUGUGCUCUCCAAGUUGGUAUGAUUAUUGGGCACUAUGAAGGCCAAAACAUCGAAUAUGAUCUCACCGCUGAAAGCACGGUGUUAGCUGGACUGAGCAUUGGAUUGCUCGCUGGUGCUGCUGUUUCCCUUUCAAAGUCGUUACAGGACCUUGCAAGCACAGGUGCUGAGAGCGUUCGUGUUGCUUUCCGCCUUGGCAUAUAUAUCGACGAAAUUUCUCGGACGGUUGAAGUUCGGGAUCCCGCUACGCCUCCGCAAAGCUGGGCUUAUGUUGUGACUGGACUGUCUGUGGAAGAGGUUCAGCAGGAAAUCGAUCAGUACAAUACAGAUACCUUUAACCCCGAACUUACCAAGAUUUUUAUCAGCGCUGCGGAUGAAAUCUCCAUCAGUGUCAGUGGACCGCCAUCUCGUUUGAAGAGUAUCUUCUUGCGCUCACGGAAGCUCCGACAUUCCAAAUACCUUCCUCUUCCAGUCUACGAGGGCCUGUGCCAUGCGCCCCACUUGUACAACAAGGAGGCCAUCUGCGAGACCAUCAGUGGACCUGAACCAAAGAUCGAUCGUAAUCGACAUGUUCAGAUCCCCUUAAUCUCGUCGGAAACAGGAAAGCCGUUUAGUGCUUCACUAUCGGGGGAGCUGUAUGAGGAAAUCAGCACUGAGCUUCUCACUAGCUCUAUCUACGUGGAUAACGUGACUGCGGGCAUCAUCGAUAGUAUCUCCAAGCCUCAUCCCCUAGAGUGCCAGGUGCAGGUAUUCCGCACUACCCUCGUGUCAAAUGGGAUUCUUUCUGCCAUUGAAACAGCACUGCCCCAACUCACCAUCAAGCGGGAAGAUCUACUAGACUGGACUUCUCUUGAUUUUGGAACCAGACAACCACGACAAUUCAAGGACUCAAAACUGGCCAUCGUUGGAAUGGCCUGUCGGAUGCCUGGAGGGGCUGAUGACACCGAAUUGUUUUGGAAGCUCAUGGAGGACAGGCGCGACACCCACACACGGGUUCCCGCUGAUCGAUUCGAUCUGGAAACGCAUUACGAUCCUACUGGAGAGACAGAGAAUGCCACGCAGACACCCUUCGGGAAUUUCAUCGACAGCCCAGGCCUCUUCGAUGCGGGAUUCUUUAACAUGUCUCCCAAAGAAGCCGAACAGACAGACCCGAUGCAGCGUCUCGCAUUGGUGACUGCAUAUGAGGCCCUGGAGAUGGCAGGUUAUGUUCCUGACCGCACCUCAUCAAGCCACCGUAAGCGUGUCGGUACAUAUUACGGCCAAGCUAGUGACGAUUGGCGGGAGUUGAAUGCCAGUCAGAAUCUUGGAACAUAUGCUGUCCCAGGCGGGGUGCGUGCCUUUGCCAACGGUCGUAUCAAUUACUUCUUUGGGUUCGCUGGCCCAAGUAUCAAUCUCGAUACUGCUUGCUCCAGCGGUCUGGCUGCAGUCCAAGCAGGAUGUUCGGCACUCUGGGCUGGCGAGGCUGACACUAUUGUUGCCGGGGGUCUGAACGUGAUCACGGACCCCGAUAACUAUGCCGGAUUGUGCAAUGCCCAUUUUCUGUCGAAGACCGGUCAAUGUAAAGUCUGGGAUAAGAGUGCCGAUGGCUACUGUCGUGCUGAUGGUGUGGGCUCGGUUGUACUCAAGCGCCUCGAAGAUGCGGAAGCCGAUAAUGACAACAUCCUAGGAGUUAUUCUCUCUGCAGCUACCAACCAUUCAGCAGAAGCUAUCUCAAUCACGCACCCACAUGCUGGGGCUCAGAGGGAUAACUACACUCAAGUCAUGCAGGCUGCCGCCGUCAACCCUCUCGAUGUGAGCUACAUCGAACUUCAUGGCACUGGAACUCAGGCGGGAGACUCAGUGGAGUGUGAGUCGGUCUGUGAUAUUUUUGCUCCUAUGUCUCCACGUCGCCGUGCGGAUCAGCCUCUUUUGCUUGGUGCUGUCAAGUCCAAUGUCGGACAUGGUGAAGCCGCCGCGGGUAUUACGUCUUUGAUCAAGAUGCUUCUUGUAUACCAGAAGUGCAGAAUUCCUCCUCAUCUCGGCAUCAAAACUGAAUUAAACCCCACCAUAAGUAAGUAUUUGGAAAAGCGCAACGUGGGCCUCGCUAUGGACAUGCUUCCAUAUGAACGGAAGAACGGAAAUCGUCGGUACGCUGUUGUGAACAGUUUUGGAGCUCAUGGAGGCAAUACGACCGUUCUCCUUGAGGACGCUCCUGAGAAGCAGAAGGUUGGCUUUGACCCGCGGACAACUCAUGUGGUCACAGUAUCUGCAAAGAGCAAGGCAUCCUUACGGGGCAACAUCGAAGGUUUACUAUCCUACAUCUCUAACAACCCGGAUACUAACCUGGGUGACCUUGCGUAUACCACUUGCGCCCGACGGAUCCAGCACAAUAUUCGAGUCGCCUCUGCUGUGUCUAACAUUGCCCAACUCCGCCGUUAUCUUGAGACAUCGCUUGAAUCUAUUUCCACUCUGCGGCCUGUUCCACUUGAUGCACCUUCAGUCGCUUUCACUUUCACUGGACAGGGGUCGUUUUAUAAUCGAAUCAGUGCUCAGCUUUUCGAGCAGUUCCCCUACUAUCGCACUCAGAUUGUCCGACUAGACCAUCUCGUCCAGCGGUAUGAAUUCCCAUCAAUCAUUCCUGUGGUCACCGGAACUAUCGAUGAGACUCAAGCUUCUCCUCUCGUUACACAAUUGAGUAUUCUCGUCGUGGAGAUCGCCUUGGCAAGACUUUGGAUAUUUCUGGGCGUUCAUCCCACUGCCGUCAUUGGACACAGCCUGGGUGAAUAUAGUGCAUUGGUAGUAGCCGAGGUCAUCUCUGCAGCCGACGCAAUUCUUCUAGUCGGACAGCGUGCAUCCCUUACUAUGAGCAAAUGCGAGGCUGGAACCCAUCUCAUGCUAUCUGUUCGGGCUAGUGUGGAGGACAUCAAGCUGGCCAUCGGUGAUAAUGACAGCUACGAGCUGUCCUGUAUCAACGGUACAAAUGACACUGUCAUUAGCGGCGCUCGAGACGAUAUCGGCGAGAUUCGCCAGAAAUUGGAAUCCGGUGGCUUGAAGUGCACUCCAUUAGACCUACCUUUUGCAUUUCACACUAAGCAGAUGGAGCCAAUGCUGGACCUGUUUGAGCAAACCGCCAAGAAUAUCUCAUUCAAGGCCCCCAGCAUCCCGGUCAUCUCGCCUCUUCUGAGUGCAUGUGUAUUCGAUGGGAAGACUAUUAAUGGAGCAUACCUGCGCCGUGCCUCCCGUGAGCCGGUCAACUUCAUUGGCGCUCUUGAUGCAGCGCAGGAGAUGGGCAUUAUUGACAAUCACACGUUGUGGGUCGACGUCGGUCCCCACCCCAUCUGUGCCUCAUUCGUUAGCAAGCACAUUGUCAGCGCAACAGUCCUAUCGUCGCUGAAGAAGAAUGAGGACAAUUUCGCUACUUUUACGAAAUCUCUUUCAUGUCUGCAUACUCACGGUGUGAACAUCCACUGGAACGAGUACUAUCGGCCUUACGAGAGCGCACAUACUCUACUCAACCUGCCCCACUAUCAUUGGAAUGCAAAGAACUACUGGAUCCAAUACAUCGGAACCUGGACUCUUGACAAGGCUCUUUUGAAGUACGGUAAGGAGAAGACAAGACCUGCCAUUAACAUGCAGGCCAGUUCGGCACUCCGGACUUCUGCUAUACACCAAAUCACCUUUGAAGAAAUUGGCGAUACUGUCGGCCAAUUGAAGACACUCUCGGACUUAAUGCACCCUGACUUCCUUUCAUCGGUGAAAGGACAUAGCAUGAACCACUGUGGCGUGGCCACUUCAUCUAUCUGGUGUGACAUGGCAUACACAGUUGGAGAAUACCUGUUCAAGCGCAUGAAUCCCACUGCGAGGGAAGUUCAUAUGAACCUCGUAGGCAUGGAAGUACUCCACGCAACCAUUGCCAAGAAAUCUACGACUAGCCCUCAACUCCUCGAGCUCGAGUGCAACCUAGAUAUGUCUUCCCGCACGAUGACCCUGGCAUGGUACCACGUCGAUGAACAAGGGAUGCGUUCCGCUUCUUCCUUCGCAACUGCAAGCAUGUUCUUCGAGGAAGCUGCCGACUGGCGUGCGGAGUGGGACCGCGUAGCCCACCUGGUCAACGGUCGCAUCGAAUCCCUCGGUCAGAUGGCAGGAACAGGAGCCGCUAACAGACUGUCCAAGAACAUGACCUAUAAACUGUUCAAGAAUGUUGUAGAUUAUGCGGACAAGUAUCGCGGCAUGGAGUCGGUCGUCCUACUCGAAUACGAAGCGUACGCCGAUAUUUCUCUCGUGCCCGAGACACACGGCAACUGGCACAUUCCUCCCCAUUGGAUCGACUCGGUUUCCCACUUAGCCGGUCUGAUUAUGAAUGGUAGCGAUGCCUCCAACACCAAGGACUUCUUCUACCUCACCCCUGGCUUCGACUCUCUCCGUUUCAUCGAGCCACUCAAUCCUUCUUGUAGGUAUCGUAGCUAUGUUCGCAUGUUCCCAACUAGCGAUGGGAAUGUCCGUGCAGGCGACCUCUACAUUCUCCGUGAUGAUGUCGUGGUCGGCAUGCUGGGCCAGAUUAAAUUCAAGCGCGUUCCACGCUUGUUGAUGGAUCAGCUGUUUUCAUCUGACGGGAAGUCCGCUGCCCAUUCCCCUCCCGCAUCUUCUGGCACCGCACACAAAGCAGCUCCCAAGCCAACUGCACCGGCAAAGAAGGCUGUCACCCCAGCACCACCAGCACCAGUGACUCAACCUACAGCUGAGGAUAAACCCUCUCCUUCCACCGCACCAUCACAACCAGCAGUAGCCCCAGUUGAGGCGGAGUCAGGUGUAAUCGGGGACUGCAUCAGCCUCAUCGCUCGCGAGACGGGUCUCGACGUGCCCGAAAUUACAGACGAAUCGACCUUCGCGCAGAUUGGCGUGGAUUCCCUGAUGUCUCUUGUUCUUGCCGAGAAGUUCCGGAAUGAGCUGCAGCUCGAUGUGAAGAGCUCUCUGUUCCUUGAUUGUCCUACGAUCGGUGAUUUGAAGGGGUGGUUGGAACAGUAUUGCUAA